CCACAUCUUGUACCAAUGGACUACACCAAGGACCCGGACUGUAAAGUGCCUUUAGCCUUGAUAGUCAACAUGCCAGAACUGAAGGAGAACCCAUUUCGGAACAGGAUAGUGGAGUCAUUCUCAGAGGACGGACUGGGAAAUCUCAGCUUUAAUGACUUUGUGGACAUGUUCUCUGUCCUCAGUGAAACGGCCCCCAGAGAGCUGAAGGCCAUAUAUGCCUUCAAAAUAUAUGAUUUCAAUGUGGAUAAUUUCCUGUGUAAAGAGGACCUGGAGAAAACAUUGAAUAGGCUGACAAAAGAGGAGCUGACUCCCGAGGAGGUCGAUCUGGUGUGUGCGAAGACGAUCGAAGAAGCAGAUCUGGAUGGAGACAGCAAACUCUCCUUUGCUGACUUCGAAAAUAUGAUCUCAAGGGCUCCUGACUUCUUAAGCACCUUCCACAUACGGAUUUGAAAGGGCUCCUGGGAGAGAUACCACUGACCGGUAGUGCGGCGAAGAUCUUGGACUUCAGACGUUCAUCCUCAGGACCCUGACCAGACCACCACAACACGGUGCCCGUCUUCCAGUCCCGCCAGCAAGGCAGCCAGCCGUCCGUUGCUCC